CGGGUGAAAAGGCCAUUGCUGCAGUGGUAGAGGCUGUCAGCUGGAAAGUUGUGUCUCUGUAAGAGCUGGCUGAAGCUCCUCAGCCUCCUGUCCUGUCAUUCCCGCCCCCACAGCAUCCUUUGCUUGGGUGGUCCAGCUGUUUACAGGCAGCCUGGUGAGAGAGGUCAAGAAACUCAAUCAGUUCUGGAAAAAAUGAGGAGGGGGGAUUAUUUUUGGCCUGGAUCAGUUUCCUGAUCAUCUUUACCUUCCAGGCCUGCAAAUGGUUGAAGUAGCCCGGCUGAGGGGGGGCAGUGGUAAUGCAGAAAUGGGUUAGAUCACAACUUUGCCCGAGAGAAGCAGUCCAUUUGCACUGGCUGUAGGCUAAAUAAAGAACUUCAAGGUUGGCUUCUCGACCAGAGGUUUAUUUUAUGUUCUGCUGGCUCACAUAAGCUGUAGAAAGGGACCUUACCACAUUCAUUUUCCAAGCACCAAAUUCUCUUUGAAAAUAAACCUGAUUUGAUAGCCCAGUGAAUCUUAGUGCUAAGCUUUUUGGCAGGGGUAGGGGCUUUGGUUACCUCAUGUUCAUCCAGUUCUGGCUGCAUUAGGACAAAUUGAGCCACAUGAACUUCAUUAUAGGUGCGUGUUCUUGCCACACUGUUCCUGUAAAGAUUAUAGAUUAACUAGAGUUCUUUGAUAACUACAGUUCAUUAUUGGGAAUUUUUAGAACUAAAGCUUUGCUUGAAUUCCUCUUGGAAAAAAAAAAAAAAAAGGAAAAAAGUUUAACCAAGGAUGACUGGAAACUGCAACAGGGGGUUUCUGCUCCUUGCUCUGUCACUUCUCCAUUGGUACCCAAAUAGCAAGGAAAGAUGAGGAACUGCCAAACCACCUACCAGUCUGCUCCAGAAAGACAGGACACUUUAAUUGAAUGCUGAAACACCAGCCAACUGGGUACAUGGAAAACUCCAUUUCCUACAGUGCUAUUGAAGAUGUUCAACUGCUCUCCUGGGAGAAUGCCCCUAAGUACUGUUUACAGCUCACAAUCCCGGGGGGUACUGUCCUACUGCAGGCUGCAAACAGCUAUCUGAGGGAUCAGUGGUUCCAUUCUUUGCAGUGGAAGAAGAAGAUUUACAAGUACAAGAAGGUGCUGAGCAACCCCAGCCGCUGGGAGGUGGUGCUGAAGGAGAUCAGGACGCUGGUGGACAUGGCCCUGACGUCGCCUCUGCAGGACGACUCCAUCCACCAGGCACCCCUGGAGAUUGUCUCCAAGCUGCUCUCAGAGAACAACAACUUAACCACUCAAGACCAUGAGAGCAUUAUUGUGGCAAUUGCACCUUUGCUGGAAAACAACCAUCCUCCUCCUGACCUCUGUGAAUUCUUCUGCAAGCACUGCCGAGAGCGCCCGCGGUCCAUGGUGGUGAUCGAGGUCUUCACCCCGGUGGUCCAGAGGAUUCUCAAACACAACAUGGAUUUUGGGAAGUGCCCUCGGUUGCGGCUCUUUACUCAGGAGUACAUUCUGUCUUUGAAUGAGCUGAAUGCUGGAAUGGAGGUGGUGAAGAAGUUUAUUCACAGCAUGCAUGGUCCAACAGGACAAUGCCCACAUCCCAGGGUCCUGCCAAAUCUCGUAGCUGUCUGCUUAGCUGCCAUUUAUUCCUGUUACGAGGAAUUUAUCAACAGUCGGGACAAUUCACCAAGCCUGAAGGAAAUUCGGAAUGGCUGCCAGCAGCAGUGUGACCGAAAGCCCAAUCUCCCCCUCCGCCUUCUGCACACCAGUCCUGACCUGGUCUCUCAGGAGGCCACCUUGACUGAAUCCCGUCUCAAACCAGUUAUUGUCACUUCCAACGAGAUCCACGUGGAAGUGGAGCGCAACAACACGGCCAACCAGAAGAUGACGGCCGGCGUGGGCAACGACAGCGAGCCCAACCUCAUCGACUGCCUGAUGGUCAGCCCCACCUGCAGCACCAUGAGCAUCGAGCUCAGUGCCCAGGCAGACAGGAUCCUGGGCUGCUACGUGGAGAUACUCAAGAUGCUGUCAGACUACGAUGACUGGAGACCAGCCCUGGCCAGCUUGCUUCAACCUAUCCCAUUUCCCAAGGAGGCUCUGGCACACGAGAAAUUCACAAAGGAGCUGAAAUAUGUGAUUCAGAGAUUUGCAGAAGACCCGAGGCAAGAAGUCCACUCGUGUUUGCUGAGUGUGAGGGCUGGCAAAGACGGCUGGUUCCAGCUCUACAGCCCUGGGGGAGUGGCCUGUGAUGAUGAUGGAGAGCUCUUUGCCAGUAUGGUUCAUAUUUUGAUGGGAUCCUGCUAUAAAACAAAGAAGUUCCUACUUUCACUGGCUGAAAAUAAAUUGGGGCCUUGCAUGCUGCUGGCUUUGAGGGGUAACCAGACAAUGGUAGAGAUUUUGUGUUUGAUGCUGGAAUACAACAUCAUUGACAAUAAUGACACUCAGCUCCAGAUCAUCUCCACCCUGGAAAGCACAGACGUGGGAAAGAGAAUGUAUGAACAGCUGUGUGAGAGGCAGAGGGAGUUAAAGGAGCUGCAAAGAAAAGGUGGCCCCACAAGGUUAACACUGCCAUCCAAGUCCACAGAUGCAGACCUGGCCCGCCUGCUCAGCUCGGGAUCUUUUGGGAAUCUGGAAAACCUCAGCCUGGCCUUUACCAAUGUGACAAGUGCUUGUGCUGAGCACCUCAUCAAACUGCCUUCGCUCAAGCAGCUGAACCUGUGGUCAACUCAGUUUGGCGACGCGGGGCUGCGGCUCCUGUCCGAGCACCUCACCAUGCUGCAAGUGCUCAACCUGUGCGAGACGCCGGUGACGGACGCGGGGCUGCUGGCACUGAGCUCCAUGAAGAGCCUGUGUAGUUUAAAUAUGAACAGCACCAAACUUUCAGCAGAUACCUACGAAGAUCUCAAGGCUAAACUCCCCAACCUGAAGGAGGUGGACGUCCGCUACACUGAAGCCUGGUGAACUCUCCCUGCCUCCCACUCUUCUCUUUUGCUUCUCGUGAGAAGGAAAAGAUUUUUAAAAUAGACAGAUUGAAACAAACCGGAAAAUAACUUUUGGCCAAUUCCUGUAGAGCAGUGAGUCUGGGAACUUGGUGGCAGGAGUUGUGGUUGUGGGGUAGCAGAGUGGAGUUGUGUGCGUUGGGAGGACGGGGCAAGCCUGGACCCCAUCGGAUUCUUUCGGCUUUGUGAUUUCAGAAUCAACAUAAUUUAAAUUGAAAAGGAAGGAAACAAACAAAAUAAGGACUUUGUAGCAGCAAGAGGAUUAUAAAGAGGAAAAAAACACCUUUGUGGAUUUUAUUUGCCUUUGUGUUUUAUGCCGUGUGGAGAAAAAAAAAAUAUAUUCCUUUGUCCUUA